AUGGAUAUUGCUGCACUGCGUGCAAGGACAACAACACCCAUGGACCGGCGUGUGAAAAGAGAGGGGUAUUUCCAUGAAGGAUGCAGCUGUGGAGAUGGGCGUUUCCAUGAGCAUCUCCAUCAAGGAUGCAGCAGAGGACGUUCCAUGGGACAAGAUCGCGGAGAGAGCGCGUACAACCGGAGUCUCCAUGAUUCCGCCGUAGCCGUGGGCAGUGAGAUUCCCUGGGCCGAGAUCGCGGCGGCGCUUGCCGCGGGGACCUCGAUGAAGGACUCGGCGGUGGCCAUGGGGGUGUCGGUGAAAGCUGCGGAAGAGAUUUUCUGGGAUGAGUUGGAAGCGCGCGAGUUGGGUCUAUGA